AUUAGUUUGAGGUUCCAGAGGUAAGGAGGGCAGAGAGCCAACCAGUGUGGCGUCGACGCCCGAUGUGAGUGGAGGUGGACGCUGCGCGGGCUGGUGGUAACGUUCCUGGAGGCGAAGUGAAUUUAAAGUUUUUGAAAUUGCGUCAUAUUUCAAUUGCGAUUGAGUACGCUACGGUAAUAUCGUGGUUUACCUUUUAUCUUGUUCAAGCUGUAUAUAUCUCAAUAUUAAGCCCUUUAAAGCGUUACUAACGGCUUAGCAAGAAUUUGCAUGGACACUGUAAAUUUGUCUUCAUUGCGUUUAAUUAGGAAUUUCCUUGCAAUAGUUGUCGAGAACAUUGAGCACGAAGUCAACAGGGCGACAUCAACUUGAGAUGGAUGAUUCCAACAGGCUGGUGAUGUCAGUCCAUCACAAAUGAAACCGAAAUCAGUUUCUCGUGAAGAGAUUUGCAAGUGCAGUUACUUAAGAUAGUCAUCAUAUGUGAGCUUAUAAUUUUAGGGUAACUGACGGUUAAAAAUGAGCCAUAGUAAUAAAAGGUGAUACUCAAAGGCUAGCAAAAAGCUCUACGACAAUUAAUGUGUACCGUACUAGACGUAAACGAUAGUCAGCCACCGUAAUGUGUUGGCUAGGAGUGUUGGCACUAGUGUUGGUGAGUGCCGCAAGCAGUGCCAGCUCAGGAGUGCCUCGCCUUGGUGAUGGCCGCCAGGUGCCCCAGCCGCUCAUGGGAACUGUUGUGAUACCCGCCAUUCCCUCUACCUUCCCGUUUAUAGAAUUCACAGACUACGGCAUCCAGAGUCACCUCGCGCCUCUCGCUGAACCACCACACCUUAAUAAGGGCCUAGUAGAGUCGUCUCAUCGAUCAGGAGACAAGAACUCAAUUAUGGAAGGAUCUGUUCCCAUUAACGCUUAUCUUGAUCCAUUGAGUGGCCUUGCUCGCCACUCUGAGAGCCCAGCACCCCACCGACCUCUGGUUCCUGUUGGUGGUUCUGUGGGGGCAACACGUACAGCUACCAGGAAGGAAGCCCUGCUGCCGAGGUACUCUGGUGGGGCCGAGAGGUUUGGAGGAUACGGUGGGAUGCCCUUCGGUAUUCUUGACCCGACAGAGGAGGAUGUGGCUCAACAAGGUACGCUGCAAGCUGCCUUACACACACUGUGGGCUCACAGAAAUGAUGUCUAUAUUACCCUUGAAGAGACGGGGCCCGCUGCCGUCAACCGUGCUUGGCUGGAUAUACUGAACACCCACCAUCCACACACCACCACUCAUCAUCGUGCAGACGACCAAAGUCCUGCUGCAAGCUCCACCAAACACUUCGGUCACAACCACAGUUACGAAGGCUCCCCUGUGGGUGUGGCACAUGUUCCUGCCACACCAAAACCUUCGAAUUAUGGUUCUGGAAAACUUUCAGGUGGACAGCAUCGACAUUCAUUAAUCCUGGGUGGUCAUUACACACUGCCCCAUCCUCGCCAGACUCCUGUUGGAAGACAUGGGAUGGUUCGUGUAAGGCCACCACGGCCGGGGAAUAUCGAAGCAAAUCCAGUUAGCAUUGUGCCGAGCCCUGUAGGCUUUCAGAUGAUACAAGCAUCGUCCAAGCAAGGAGGAAACGAGUUUACCCAGCCACCUCAUAGUUCAGGAGUGUUUGGUUUAAAAUCUACGUACCCAAAACAUCAUCAAAGAUUGAAACAACGACCAAGUGGCUCCCAAGCACAUCUUCAAAUGGUCAAGCGGAGGCUACUGACUGGUCCAGCAGGGUCAGAGGGCCCUGGAGAGGACAGCACGCUGCCAGCGACCCAUGUCACCCUGGACCACCGCCGCAAGUCAGGUUCAGACUCCCAGGACCUGUCUAAUUUCGAGCGAAAGUCUAUUAUGAUUCCAUCACGUCUUGGCAAAGUGCAGUCCUCUACACUGACUGGUCAUCAGCUGCAGCCAAGUAGUUCUGGGAACACGCAGUCUAGUUUAACGUCUGCUGAAACGCCUUUGGAGAAAAAAAUGCUUAUUAGUUCAGGGUCCAAGAGUAACGUUGAGAAUGGUAUGAAAGCAUUGGAUCGGCAGGGUGGAGGUAAUUGGAUGGUUCGGAUGGGGAAGGUAGUGUCUGGGAUGUCCAACCAACUCCCAAGCCUUGAGAAGGCCAUCACCACCAUGUCCUUCCUCGCCUUUGGCGUUUUCAUGGCUAACUUAUUAGUACAAGCCUUGGCUAACUCGACUUCAAAUUCAUCAUUCUCCUUGAAUUCAUUACUGGGACGUGAGGAUGUGAGCACUUUCAGUGGUCUACCACUAGACUUGUCUGCCCUUUCAUUUGACUUUGGGGCUAGUUUAGGCCUUGAAAAGGAGGAGGAGGAUGAUGAUGGCAGUAUGUUAAAAAAAGUAGCAGAUAUCAUCAGUCAAGUUUACAUCAGUCUUCAUGAUAUGGCCAGAGCUGGUUUGGUAAACAUGGUGUCUGCUCUAGGGCUUGGUAUGCCCACGUCACGUACACCUCCGUGGGUUGCUGAUCAAGAGCCAGAAUGUGUGCAGCGACUUUUAUGUGAGGGACAUAAUGUGACUUCACCCUACUUCAAAAGCACAGUUUCUUAUAGACUUUUGCCCUUCUGGACGAUGGGUGCAAGUUGGUUGUCUGGAGAGGCGAAUAUCCCAAGACUACUGGAGGAGCUGCGUGCAGAGCUGGCAGGCCAACAAGGCCUUGAUUGUGGCGCACUGUUUCCAGAAUGCACAAACACAGCAACCAUUAAGAAGUUCAUUGCACAAGUUGAAUCAGAGUUGGCAAACUCUCCAAAUCAAAUAAGUGAAAAUGAUGAGAAGAUUGGACAAGGGAUGGAGACAGGUGGUGUAACUGGUUAUUUUAAUGAUUUGAGUGAAUUUACUUGAGGACCACUACUAUUAGUGGCCUACCUUUUGAUGAAUGCAAGAAUCAACAUUGCCAUGGUCUGGUCUGUGAGCAUGCCUUGUGGAUGUGGUUGGUCAGGUAUCCUUUGAAGGUGUUUAUCAUGUUAUCUUUAGAACACUGUGGCUGGUUAUGUGUAGUGGAAGUGUGUUGAAUUUGAUGGCUUUGGAUCACAAAGUUUGGCAUUAAGAGUAAAAUACAAAGCUGCCUGCAGUCAAAGUUUUGAACAGGAGUACGUUUUAUGUAAAGACAAAUGAUGGCAUUGCAGUGAUUAUUUGAGGAACGUAUAUCCAUUGUUUGGGGCAUUUCUAAUGACCUUGUGUAAAUAACUGAAAAUUAGAAGAGAACUUGGAUGGAAAAACAAAUAGAAAAGCUAAUGAUCGAGUUAAAGCACUUUAUUAUAUUAUGCAAUGCAUUAAUAUCCUAAUGAAAGGAGGAAGUGCAGCUUGGGUCGAAAUUGCAAUGUAAUUUAGUAAUUGAAUUCCCACCUGGUGGGUUGGAAAACACAUUGUAAUGGGAAGUUUAAUUUGUGGAAAGUAUAAUACUUUACUUAAACUGUUUAGGUUAAUGAUGAAAAUACAUUUUCCCCCUUUUAAAUAUUGGAAAAAAAUUUAGAAAUUGAAUAUGCCAUCACUGCAAACACUCAAAUGUACUGUAUUGGUUUUAGAGUUACUGGCAGUUUGUGAUCAUUACACUAUGUAUGUGUAUACUGGCUAGUAUAAAUGUUAGUUUGUGGACUGGGGGAAAACAAAUAUUUACCUCCAUUACUUUUAUUUUGAGACUACAACACACGAUACGUCACGGGUUCGUGCUAUAUGUACAUACCAUUCACAAAUAUCUUGCAGACAUGUAGGAUAAAAGUAUUUACAGUAACCUGUUAAAACACACUUGUCAUUGGUACCCCUUAGUGAAAAAAUGUCAUGUAGACUUAGCUCUGAAAAAUACUGUGUCCUUUGAGGUAGAGUCCCAUGCAUGAAUUGCUAUUUGUAUAUAAAUGGAUUAGUAUCAGUGCUAUUUAUACU